GGCACUGUGCAGGAUGGCCCUCACACCCGUGCCAGGCGUCCUGAGAUAUAGGGCGCCUGGGAGCAGAGAUGAGGAGAAAUUUCUCGUAUAUUCUGUCGUAAUUCUUAGUUUGAAGCGAGCAAGACACUUCUCCAGCAGCAGCAGCAGCAGCAGGCGGUUUAGUGUCCCGUUGUGGCGGCGCGGCACCACCUGCAGCAGCCGACCCCAGCCCGUGUGUUAUUAUUAUUACCUCCGCGGCGCGUUACCACCGGUGAGCCGCGCCCUGCGUCACUGUUUGUCAGGGGUACUGAGAGAUGUUGCGUCUCAUAACUCUUGACAUGACCAACACCCUCCUCAAGUUCCGGCAGCCUCCAGCGGACCAGUAUGCUGCUGUAGCAAGACUCUACAGGGUGGACUUUGACCCUCAUAAGCUCAGCCAGGCCUUCAGGGUGAGCUUCAAGCAGCUUGAGCAAGAGGCUCCCAACUUUGGUGCCGGGAGCAUCGGGUGGCAGCAGUGGUGGCUGAGCCUGGUGAGCCGCACCUUCACAGCCGCCGACUGCCAGGCCAACACUGACACACUCAACAUCCUUGGCCACCAUCUCAUCAAGCACUUCUCGAGCGGCCAGGCCUAUGAGCUCUCCGAUGGCAGCACUGCCCUCCUAGAGGACAUCAAGGGCCGGGGUUUGCUGCUGGGCGCCCUCUCCAACUCCGAUGAGCGGCUGGACGGCAUCCUGGUGCGCCUGGGAGUGAGGCAUUACUUUGACUUUGUCCUCACCUCCUAUGCUGCCAGAGUAGCCAAGCCGGACCCAAGGAUCUUCCAGCAAGCUCUGGCCCUUGCUGGCGGCAACAUCGGCUCCCAUGAGGCCCUGCAUAUAGGUGAUGACCUGCAGCGAGACUACCUUGCAGCGCGACGGUGUGGGUGGCACGGCGUGCUGGUGUCCGGCCAGCUGCAGCAGCUGUGUCAGGAGGCAGGAGUGCCUCUGGAUGCUGCCUCCAUGGUCACCGGGCUCAGGGACCUCCACACACUCCUAGACACCUUCAAACAGGCAUAA